CUUCUCUCUCUAAACUGAAUCCUAAGAAAGCCAAACUUCUUUUCCUUGGGAUUAUAACAGUUAGCUCUCGUGAUCAAUAUCCUCUCCUCGUCACGAGAUCAUUAUACAAAUGAAACUGUACAACCCUAAUAAUUCUCAAAUCUCAUGGGUUUCUUCUUCGCUCAAACGUUGAUGAUCAACUCCAAGUCUUUCUGUCCCGUUAUUCUCUUAUUCCUUCUUCUCCUCCUUGUUUCCUCAUCAUCAUCUCUACAAACCAAGCUCGUCAAGACCACUGCAGGCUCCGUCGACGUGCCGGCGGCGGCUCGGACGUCGUUCCAAGUGUUCUACAUCAAGAACACGUCGCCGUUCUUCUUGGACGGACAACGAGAACCGAUCGGAAUUAACAAGAAGAGGAGGAAUAAAACAAAGACGACGAUGAUGAUGAGAAGAAAGAAUAUCAAGAACAUGGAAAGGAGUAGGCCUAAUUUCUCUGGGAUGCUUCCCAAGGGUUUCGUCCCCCCAUCUGGUUCGUCUCCUUGCCACAACGAGAAUCCGAACUCGGUGGUCUUUUUCUGCGACCUUGGCUCCUCAAAGCCAUAGAGAGUGCAAUUGUUCAAUGCUCCCUCAGAUCGGAGAUAUAUGUGAAGAGAUUGGUUUUUUACUCUGUUUG